UCAUUGUGAUCUGUAAACUAUAAUAAUAAUUAAUGACUAAUGUCUAUUGUCUAUUUUUUUUUUAGUUUAUAGAUAUUCCAUUCAAAAUAUUAUUCUUUAAUAUUUUCGAUUUUUUUGUAUUUUUCACUUUUUCACAUUUUUAAAAAUUAUAAGUAUCCAAUAUUUCUUAAUUUCUUAUUCAUUCUGGUUAUCUGGAUUGUAAUAAAUAAUUCAUUUUUUUGGCAUUGAAAUGGCAGCUAUGGAAAAUCAUUUAUUUAAUUUGAAGUUUGCAGUUAAAGAAUUAGAAAGAAAUUCUAAGAAAUGUGAAAAGGAAGAAAAGGCUGAAAAAUUAAAAACAAAGAAAGCUAUACAAAAGGGUAAUAUGGAGGUUGCUCGCAUACAUGCUGAAAAUGCUAUAAGACAGAAAAGUCAAUCACUUAAUUAUUUACGUAUGAGUGCUAGAGUAGAUGCAGUUGCUUCAAGAGUUCAAGGUGCUCUUACCACCAGAAAGGUGACCCAGAGUAUGGGAGGUGUUGUAAAAGCAAUGGAUGCAGCAAUGAAGUCUAUGAAUCUUGAAAAAAUUUCUUCAUUAAUGGAUAAAUUUGAAAAUCAAUUUGAAGAUUUAGAUGUACAAAGUUCUUAUAUGGAUAAUACCAUGUCUCAAAGUACUACUACUGCUGUGCCUCAAGGGGAUGUUGAAAAUUUGUUGCAGCAAGUUGCUGAUGAAGCUGGGUUGGAACUAAAAUUAGAACUUCCUACCAAUCCUCAAAGUAUUAGUUCGCUAUCUUCUACUACAACAGAACAAGAUGAGCUUACACAACGUUUAGCACGUCUCAGACAAGCUGAAUAAAAGAAAAAACGAACAGGCAAACAACUAUAAUUUUAACUAAAAUUAUAAAUAUUUUGAUUUAUGGCUUAAUAGUUAAUACUUUAAGUCAAACAGUUAUAGAAUUUAUCAAAAGUUCACAUAUUAUUUUUAUCCAUCAAAAAAAAAAUAAUUUUUUUAUAAUAUAUUGUUUUAGAAUAACCAACAUCCUAAAUAUUAUACAAGAGAACAAUCUAUUUAUUGUUUCUUUUAGAUAAAUACUGUCAUCAUACAAUAGUAUUAUAAUUUUUAUGUCCAUUAUUUUAUUUUUGUAUAUUAAUAUAUGAUUUAAUAUAUUUCUUUAGUAUGCAUACGUAUAUUUGUAUUCAAUUAAAUAUUACAAUAAAGUUAUAUGUUUAAUCAAUUGAUCAAAAACUCAAUAUUAUUCAAUUAUUUCAAUUAUAUCAUUUUUAAUGUAGUAAACAAAAUUAAGAUGGCACUUCAUUUUAACCUUGUAAUAUAGAAUUUAUUAAUUUGUUUAUUAGGUACUAUAAAGAUUAACAAAUCCAAAUUUAUGAUAAAUAUUAGAAUAUUUUAUGGAAGUACGGUUAAGAGUUAUAUUUUGAUUAUAAAUUAUAAUAUAAACAUUAUGUUUUAUGAAAAUAAAUUAUUUAUAUAUUA